AGUAUUUUAAAGAAAAUAAAAAUAUUAGAAAAGUAAGAAAAAUUAUAUUGAAAAAAUGUAUAGAAGUCCCUAAAGCCACUAAUAAUGCUUCCUGGUUUGAGCAAACGCAUGAAUGCUAUUUACACCGGAUUAACUGUUGACAAAAGUACCAUUUUAACCAAUAUUGUGUUUGGAAGCAAGUUUGUUAAUUUUCCUGGAGAAAUAAACAAUACUUAAACAAACUUAAAUUUAGUGCUUCAAAGUAUUUUUGUGUUUUUGUGUUAUUGUUUUUUAUGUUUUUGUUUGUUAUAAUAAAGAAAAAAUGUCCAGAGACGAAGACAGAACAAAACGCAAUGUGCUCUCGUUCAUUAAUGGACCCGAGCCAAGCAUAGAUCGGCGAUUUCGUCCAUGUCCGAAGAAUAUAUUCAAAGCAAGUGGUGACAUAUCGAAAACAAGUACUAUUGGAGAAGAUGGGGCCAUGGUGUAUCUACGACUGCGUCCUGUUAAUUCUCCUUCAUCGUCAUAUAAAAUUGCAGGCAUGGGAAAUACUCUUGUGGUGAACCCACGUUUAGAUCAAACAACGACAAGUAACAAUAAAGCAGCAAUGGAAAAACAUUUUACCUUCAGCGCGAUAUUCGAUAAUAAUGAUAGUCAAAAGGGCGUACACAAUAAGUGUAUAAGUGACAAAAUAAAAUUGGAGGAAAGUUUCACAGUGCUGACUUAUGGUACAUCUGGUUCCAGAAAGACUUUUACACUAUUAGGCGAUGACGUUAAUCCUGGUAUUGUGCCGCGUUCCAUUGAGAAUAUUUUCACAUUAUACAAUUCCAAUAUAAAUCCGCACCCGGCAGUUAAAUUACAAAAUGCUCGGCAAGCUCCACUGUUAGGAAAGGAGAAAAUUGUCAUGGUGGUUAAUGUUACACCCACUGAAAAAUAUUAUGAAGAAAAUUUAAAUGUUUUGGGAUUCUCUUAAAUCGCUAAGAAUAUUAUCUUCAAACCACCAAUUGUGAAGCAAAAUAACUCAAGAUUUUCAUUCUUUUUGGAACAUUCCAAGUCCGGCAGUGCACAAAAUGCCUACAUUGAGCAAUUACUCGAAGUAAAUAUUUU